AUGACAUCUGAGCAAAACAUGGGGAUGCGGACGUCGUCGACAUUUUGCACUUGCAUCGCAGAAGGCGUCGCCAAGCACCGCAGCGCGCCCCGGAUGCAGGCGCAGCUCCCCGGCCAAUCACGCUGCGCCUCGCCGCGCAUGCUGGUGCCAUGCCGUGCCCGGCGCGCAAGCGGCUUCCUCUCGCGCUCGCUGCGCACCGUGGCCGACACAGACGCGACUCUUGUCGCGGUGAGUAUCCCGGGCAGCCUACCGAACGACGGGUUUACAAUCGUACAGCGGCGUCCGCCCGGAACAGGCGUGCUCGAGACGUCGAGUUGGGUGCGCCAGCCACUGUGGCUCGUCGCCGCCCGCCCUGCCCAGUGCUGCGUUCUGCUGCUCGCUAGACGUGCUCCACGCUCCCCAGAGACGCGCGCGCGCAGCCAGCGCACCCAAGGCACGCCAAUCACCGCACCCAGCCCGCCCCGACGCUGCACGCACUGGCAGCUGGCCCGGGCGCCCUCGUCCGAGCCACUGUCGUUGCCCCGUGUCGCCGCGUCUGCCUGUGCCAUUGGCCUGCCGAACCCGGCCCCGUCCCGCGAAGCCCUCCGUCUCGGCCUCUCGGCCCGCGUCCUGGGGGCCUCCGAGCAUGCCGCAGCGCUACAUAUGUCUUAUGGCGCGCCCCAGACCUCAACACCGCACGCGCCUGCGCUGCUCAGCUUCCAUCUCGCCCGCACCGGCCUGCUGCCAUGCCACGACCCAUCGCGCCUGCCGUCGACCAUGCCGGCAGAGCAACAGCCGGACCGCCCUCCUGCACCGUGA